AAUAUAUUGGUUAGAAAAUAAUUAAAAAAAAACAAUAAAAAAUAUCCCUGAAACCACACUUAAUUGAUGAGAAUGAAUGCCUAUUUUGCCCAGUCUUCAAGGGAGAGCAAAAUGUCUGAGGUCAAACGGCGUUCAAAGGCUUUCAAAAUAUCGAAAAGAAGAGCAACAGGAUUUCCCAGGCGUCUAGGCUAUGAUCAGCAGAAUAUACAAAACACAUCGCAUAUACCGGCAGCACAGCGAUCUUAUGGCCUAAUCAAAACCAGCAAGACAAUGACACCGUUUCCCAUGAAAUCACCCAAGCUGGAUGAAACUCAUUUACGUCUGCGCCUCCAGGCUGAAAAGAUAAAACGAGGCUCCAAGACACCAUCCGAAGAUGCGUCGACAAGAGUUUCCAUCCAUUACGUUAAACCCGAGAGUCCAGUUUUCACGCCCAGUGAUAGUGGCAUCGAAGGUGAAAUAUAUGUUGAGCAAAGGCAUUCAUCGACGAGGUCUUCUGUCGAUCUCCCCUUCGAGCUGCGCCGUCGACUCUUCGACGAGGGGGAGUAUACCAUAGCCAAAGGCAAGAAAAUGGGCGAAAGUGUAAUGAAUCAUGAACUGGCACGAUGGAUGAACUUUCAAAGCUGUAAUCCAUUGCAAAAGACACCCGGAUCAUAUUUCGGAUAUUUCUAUGAUUUGGAGAAAGUAUGCCGUAAAUUAAACAUCAAGAUGGCUAAAGGCUUUGAACUCUAAAUACAGAUUAAAUAACACUUUCUGAGCAUUGCAAUAUAUGUAGUAUGUAAUUUAAAUUUUCUCCCCAAAGUGUUUUGUCAUGAUCAUAAUAUUCGGGGAAUAAAUCUCCCAAGCAUAAAGAUAUUUCAUUCAA